UUUGGAAGGAAUUAUUAGGCGGUUUCUUUGGGGAGGGAGUGACGACUCAAAUAAGAUUCAUUGCGUAGUCUGGGAUCGGAUGGCGUCACCUAUUAAUGUGGAUGAUCUAGGGUUUUGUAAACUUGCUGAUUCAAAUAUAGCUUUAUUAUCUAAGUGGUUUCGGAGAUAUCGGAUGGAACCUGAGGGUUUAUGGAGGCAAGUUAUAAAGGCUAUACAUGAAACUAAGAGUUGUUGACUGCUAUUCCUGCGAACAAAACUGUGACGGGGGUGUGACAAAACGUUGUUAAAACUAUCAUGAAAACAAGAGUGGCAAACGUUAACCUUAUCAAUCUUUUCAGAGGCAAGUAUGGAGAUGGCUCCCAAAUCAUAUUUUGGCUAGACCCCUGGAUUUGCGACGUAUCCCUUAAGGAGGAGUGCCCGAUUCUGUUAAAAAAAGAUAGAGAUAAAAAGUGUUUAGUUAGAGAGAAAUUUUGUUUUGUUGUUGAAAGUUUUGUUAGCUUUGAAACUGAUAUCGUCGAAGGCUUGCUCGAAGGUGAAUCGGAAGAAAGAAGGAAGCUGAAUAGAAUCUUGGCUGGUCAUCCACUUAAAGAGAAUAGGGACACCUGGGUAUGGAUUGGAAACAACAAAAGUGGUUUCAAUGUUAAAGCGGUCAAGGAAUUCUUAAGAAAAGAUAAGGACUAUAGUGACAGAUUUGUGUUUAGCUGGUCUAAAUGGGUGCCGAAGAAAGGAAACAUCUUCAUGUGGAGACUGGCUAUGGAUCGGCUGCCCACACUUGAGGCUCUUAAAAAGAGGAAUUGUGUUCCAACUUGGGGACAUGCUGCCUAUGUCAGUUCGAUGAAACAAUCGAACACUUGUUUUGCUCAUGUACGAUCUCCAUGGAGAUUUGGCAGAAGAUUGGAACGUGGUGCAAGGGAUUUGCAGAACUUGAAUAUGGAAUGCUCCGUUACAUGGGAGCAAUUGCUGUGUUACGUGGUAUGAGUUUGUAGGCUAUAUAGCUCAAGUUUUGUUAAAGGAUUCAGAAAAGUGGCUUCUCCAGUUUCUGUUGAUUUUAAGAAAUAUGGUGCUAAAAGACUUGCAGAAAUACAACCACCACCACCAACAAGACAGAUAUAGAAAUGAAGAACAAGACAUUACCUAUGGGAAUAAAACAAAACUAUAACCACUUUGGAUAUCUGAAAGGGGCAUUCUAACUGAAAUUUUGCCUUUUUUUAUUUUUUUUUUCUUACCUUUUCUUUGCAUAGAGAUAGAGAGAGUAAUUCUGAUACAUUAACUUAUGAGGAAACUGAUUCGGUUUAUGUUUUAUCUCUAAUGUAUCAG